CGAUAAUAAUCAUAUUCUAGAUUUCUUAAAAAAAUGGGCGUCUCCUCAUCGCAACCCACGCUGCCCGAAGGCUUUGAAUUCCCGCCUCCCCCCCAAAAUCGCCAUGAACUCCGUGAGCGCUAUGGAGAUAAAAUAUUAUUUAGAAUGUCCGGCUUCCACUCCGAGAGUCGUCUCCGGCUCAAUACCGUGUUUGACAUCUUUUGCACUCAUUCUGAGCCAACCAAAUUUUGGUCAGAAUCCAACCUUGCCAACUUCAUUCAGAGCACUUUUCCUGCAGAGUUGACCCCAAUUCUCCUGAAUGCAAUCCCAGUUCUGCACCAAUUCCUCCUGCGGCUUGGCUCAUUCCCAUACCAGAAUGAUCCCGACAGGCAUCUCACACUGGAUGUCCUGAAAAUGGCAAUUACUCUCCUCUUGGAACAUGACUCCGAACAAUGGAUGGUUCAUGGGGAAGACCAGGCCAGUUUCAGGGUAGUCGCCUUUCAGAGCAUGGCCAGCUGGGAUCCUUCAGCAAUGAAGCCAGAAGAACAGCGACAGCGGGACAAAGAGGAUGAUGGUCAUCUUGAACAGGUACUGGACUCAAUCCAGCUCUCCAAUUUCUGGAGUGAUCCAGAAUAUCCCAAGUUUGUCAUUAAGGGUCCUCAACUCCCGCCCUCAUAUUAUCCCUCAUCCUGGUCAAGAGACCUACAUCGAUUGAUUCCAGUCAAUGAGUUCAGAUCACUGCUUCAAUUGGUGCUCACGACUAGACUUUAUCAGCAUGGCAUUGAUGUGCAACCAUUUGCAACGUGUCUACCACAGUUGGAAAACGUGAUAGACUGCAUGCUUGCAGCAUUCAAGGAGAAAAGCAACAAUGCAACUGCCAUCUCUUGGGAGAUAUUUAAUCAAAUAGUGGAAAAAUCAAUGCCACAUUUCCUAACUGGAUGGGCUCGACUUCUCGGGCCAAUGUACUCAACAAAAUUUUUGGAUAAACUUUCUCCUUCAGACUCUGUAUCAGUGACGCAAGCCCUCUUGAGAGAAGCAUUUGUGCCCAUAUUCCAGCAAAAGGCUUCUGUCCCCAGUGUAAUCUUGGACCUUCCAACCUGGAGCCAGCUCACCAUCCUGAUGCCAUUUAAUCCCCAGAUCAAAACCACAUCAUUGUGCUGGUCCGCUGCCAGCAAGCAGCAGUUAAGCUUAUAUGAUUUCUACCAAGCUGCUUCGACAACCCAAAGCCAAGACCACAUCAUUCUCAUCUCCGGCAACAAUGAUCAGGAUUCUCAUCUCAUCCUAGGUGCGCUCCUGAGCAAGCCGUCCACCGGAGAAAGUGGUCAAAUCAUGAUCAACCGUAUCUUCCAGCUAAAGCAGAUCCAUCGGGCUUUCCGUCCACCAACCAGGAUUUCUGAAUGCCCGCUUCAGCUCCAUGACAAUCAUGCCUCGAUGACGGUCUUGACAAAGGAUCGGGAUGCGGUGAAUCUGACACUCAAUGAGACAUCAAAGAGCGGACAAUUCUCUAUACGAAAUGCUUCAGACCUCAAGAUUGAGCUGAGGUUCAAUGUUGAUGCAGUUGAGCUCCUUUAUGUGGACAGGGUAGAGAAGCCUAUUCGAUUUUAACUGAGACCUAGAAGAAUGUCGAACGUUGGUUCCUGUUAUAAUUUU